GUGGGGUGCAUCUCACGGCCAACCCCACCAUGAUGAUGUGGUGUUUUUCUCCGCUGGGCAGCGCCCCCCCCCUCCAAGCUAUCUGCUAAUAAACACCCGCCCAGUUCCACCUCUCCUGGAUACAUCGGUAAAGACGCACCCUUUCCCAUCCGCUUCGUCCUCGCACCACGACGUUGCGGCGCCUAAUCGCAUAUCUCUUUCGCCCAUCACCCCUCAUUCCCACCAUAGUCUCCUGACGAGCACCGUAAUCAUGUCUCAAUCCGGAGCCACCGUUUCGCAGGAGUGCAUAACUGCCUACAACGACCUGAAGCUGGCGAAGAAGUACAAGUACAUCGUCUUCAAGCUGUCGGACGACAACAAGCAGAUUGUCGUUGAGGAGGCAUCCCCCGACAAGGACUGGGAGAACUUCCGGGAGAAGCUCAUCAACGCCACCUCCAAGAACAAAUCGGGCGCCGUCGGCAAGGGCCCCCGAUAUGCCGUCUACGACUUCGAGUACAACCUGGCCUCCGGAGAUGGUGUGCGAAACAAGCUCACUUUCAUUGCCUGGUCUCCCGAUGAUGCCGGUGUCCUGCCCAAGAUGAUCUACGCCUCUUCCAAGGAGGCCCUCAAGCGAUCCCUGACCGGCAUUGCGACCGAGCUGCAGGCCAACGACCCCGACGACAUCGAGUACGACACCAUCAUCAAGGUCGUCAGCAAGGGUCUUGCUGGUUAAACCCCUUCCACUCGGCGUCGCAGCCGGGACAAGCCGUCUAUAUGAGCGCAUGAAUUGACUACCUUGUGUUCGGCUCUAGACAUGACAAGCCUAUGAUUAUGAUGCAGAGUUGACGGUGAGAGGUGAAAAAGAAGCCAGUGCGCGGUGCUUGGGGGGAGGACCAUUUUAUUUGGUCGCUGGUGUUGACGGAGACGCAAUGCAAAUUGUUGUUUUCAGCCCUUCUGAUAUCACGCCAAGAAAUAAAGAACACAGAGACGAGGGUUCCUGAUUUCCCCAAUGGCUCGUAGAAAUU